CGGCUCGUCCCGAGGAGAAGGCGGAAGCGGCGUCCGGCGAGGAGCGGAGCGGCCCGCGGGGCUGGCGGGCAUUCUGUGCGGCACUCGACCAGCUGCUAUGAGCUUGCUACACAGUGACAGCAGCUGUGGGGCCCGAGACAUGGAUGGCGGCUGCUGUGCGGCCAUGGCCAGCGCCUGCAGCGGGGGAGCGAAAGAAGACAGCGUGAGUGUUGGCAGUGGGACCGGCAACCCGCCCAGCUCCUUCACGGAGGAGACGCAGGGAUACGACGUGGAGUUCGAUCCGCCCUUGGAAAGCAAAUAUGAGUGUCCGAUCUGCCUGAUGGCCCUUCGGGAAGCAGUGCAGACGCCGUGUGGGCACCGUUUCUGCAAAGGCUGCAUUGUCAAAUCAAUAAGAGAUGCGGGUCACAAAUGUCCAGUAGACAAUGAAAUUCUACUUGAAAAUCAACUUUUUCCAGACAACUUUGCAAAACGGGAAAUCCUUUCAUUAACAGUUAAGUGUCCCAACAAGGGCUGCUGCAUGAAGAUGGAGCUGAGACAUUUAGAGGAGCACCAGUUGCAUUGUGAUUUCACGGCUGUGGAAUGUCCGCAGUGCCAAGGAGCCUUUCAGAAGAACCACCUGAAAGAGCACAUGACACAGGAGUGUCCCCGGCGACAAGUGUGCUGUCCAAACUGUGCCACAUCUAUGGCUUAUGAAGAUAAGGAGCUUCAUGACCAAACCUGCCCUCUUGCCAAUGUAUUCUGUGAAUAUUGCAACACAAUGCUCAUCAGGCAGCAGAUGCCCAACCAUUACGAUAAUGAUUGUCCUACUGCCCCGGUACCGUGCUUUUACAGUGCCUUUGGGUGUCCUGAAAAGAUGCAGAGGAACGAACUGGCACGACACAUGCAGGAAUUCACUCAGGUUCACAUGAGAAUGAUGGCUCAGAGCAUUCAAAAUAUCAGUGUUACUGCUACAAACCCUGUACCCUUUAUCAACGGCCUACAGUUUGAGCCUGCCCUCUUCUCCCAUGUGUCACAUGCGCCAUAUAAUUGUAAUCCAGAAGUUGAAAACUUUAAAGAAACUAUUCAGCAAUUGGAAGGUCGUCUAGUGAGACAGGAUCACCAAAUCAGAGAACUCAUUGCAAAGAUGGAGACGCAGAACACUCACAUGGCAGAACUCAAACGUACCAUCCGAAAUUUGGAGGGAAAGAUUACUGAAAUGGAGGCACAACAAUGUAAUGGUAUUUACAUCUGGAAGAUCGAGAACUUCAGUGGACUUCAGAAAGCCCAGGAAGAAGAGAGGCCUGUUGUGAUGCACAGUCCUGGCUUCUAUACUGGAAAACCUGGCUACAAGCUGUGUUUGCGCCUGCAUAUCCAGUUACCAAAUGCUCAGCGGUGUGCUAAUUUUAUAUCGCUGUUUGUCCACACGAUGCAAGGGGAAUAUGACAGCCAUCUGCCUUGGCCUUUCCAAGGCACUAUACGACUUUCUAUUUUGGAUCAAUCGGAAGGCCCUGAGAGGCAGAAUCAUGAAGAAGUAAUGGAAGCCAAGCCAGAGUUACUCGCCUUCCAGAGACCAACGAUUCAUCGCAAUCCAAAAGGUUUUGGUUAUGUGACUUUCAUGCACCUGCAAACUUUGAAGCAAAGAACCUUUGUAAAGGAUGAUACCCUUCUGGUGCGCUGUGAAGUUCUAACACGUCUAGAUUUAAACAGCCUUCGCAGGGAAGGAUUUCAAGCUCGCAGUACUGAUGGAGCUGCGUAACCAAGUCUUAACUAGAGGGAUGGAGGCCUGGUCGUACUUUUCCACCACAGAUACAUGCAUGCUCCACUAUCCAUAUAGGCUGAAUAAGAUCGUAAAUGCUGCCACGGUUGAUCUUCACUUGAACAGCUCUGUGAGGUUGUGUCUGAAUACUAGCAAUUGUUCUCUAUUAAGUUGUAAGCUACUUCUGUAGCAAGCUAACUGAAAGUGUGGUUAAUCAAAAUUUAACUGCCUACAAGAAAAACUUACUGAAGUACCUACACAUUUCUGUUUGGCGAAGUGCAAGUAAGUCAUAUCAGAAAAGACCUAUAAAUCUUUGCAGCUCAGUGCCUUGGAGUAGGUGCUGCAGCAGGGAAAUCAUAGGUAGGUAAAUUAAUAAAAAUGAGGGUUAGGCUUUUUUUCAUGGAGCUUGGGAGAGCUUUGCCUUGGGUGAGAUGGUUUCUAUGUUGACUUACCUAGAAUUUUUAAUUGACUAUGCUUCUCUUGAUAUCUGAAGUCAGGUUAAAGCUUUGCUGACACAACUUAAAGCGAGAUGCUUCGACCCUUCUUUGCUGCAGUAAGAAACUGUGUGUCAAUAUCAAGUUGAUAGUAGAAUUUCUGAAAGGUAGGUGGUAGUGUUGUGAGGAAGGUUAAAGGAGCCAAGCUCUUAGAAAUAUUUCUAAGAUGGUCCGAAAGUGCUGCUCCCCACUGCUCUUUAUUUUGACCCUAACUUUUGUAUGCAAGUGCGCGUGGUGUGUGUUCCAG